GGAUCCACCGCGCUGCCGGCGGAAGUGGCCACCGGUGUCCCCGCGUUGGCGAAAGCCGUCACAUGCAACACCAAGACGCAGAUCGUGCCUGGCGUGCCGGAUGUCACCUCGGGUGGGAUCGCCUUGAGCACGAUUGAUUUCCAGAAGUCGUCGAAAUCGCCCCUGGGCUUUGCGCUGGCGACGUUCACGACGCCGACCAACCCGGCCCAGGCUGAUGUCGCGACCCUCCAGAAUCAGCUGAACGACUACCUGGCCUUGGAGGCGGGCAUUCGCUCGCAGCCCUCGAACAAUGCGAACAAGGUCCUCCUCGAGAAGAUCAAGGGCCCCAAGUUCUUCCUGCAGUUCCAGAUGGCUCGUGUCAACGCUGCCAAUGGAGUCAAGGUGUCUGCCGCCGGCACCGUUGCCCACCAGCAGGCCAAGGUCAUCAAGAACGCCGCGGGUGCCUCUGCGCAGGAGAUCGCUCAGGUCAACGCUCUGGCCAAACAAACGUAGACGCUUGUAGAUUUGUGCAGCACUCUCAGGUUGUUAUGCGAGCAAUAAAAUUAAGUUGUGACAGGCCAA